UCAAAUUCAAACCGUCACAUACGACCCUCUGGUCAAGCCUCACCAAGAACAAUAUAAAGCCCACACAUAAAUACUAUUGGUGUGCUAUCUACAUCCAUACCAUACCCUAUUUCUCUACUACCACCACCCUACGUCACACACUCAUAUCUAAACACACUAAUAAUAAUAAUAAUAAUAAUCUCCAACACUUUCUUCUUCUUUCUUUGUUUCUAGAUUUGUUGGUGAUGGAGGGAGGAAGAUCUUCGGUUUCGAAUGGAAAUGUUGAGGCUCGGUAUAGAGGGAUUCGGAGAAGGCCAUGGGGAAAGUUUGCUGCAGAAAUUCGUGACCCUACAAGGAAAGGGACUCGGAUAUGGCUUGGAACCUUCGAAACUGCAGAACAAGCUGCACGAGCUUAUGAUGCUGCUGCUUUUCAUUUUCGUGGCCACAGAGCCAUUCUCAACUUCCCAAAUGAGUAUCAGUCUUCUAAUCCAAACUCUUCUUUGCCUAUGCCUUUAACAACACUUCCACCUCCUUCUUCCUCUUCCUCUUCUUCUUCUUCUUCCUAUUCUUCUUAUUCUAUUGAUAACCUUGCGGGAGCUGCUUUUUCUGGAGAUAUUAUGCAAGCUGAUGAUACUUUUGAGUUGGAGUACUUGGACAAUAAGUUGCUUGAAGAACUCCUUCAGAUGCAAGAUAACAGACAUCUUUUCAAGUGAAUUAUGUAUUGCACGCAGAUCAAUUGCCAUGAUAAUAAGAAAUUUGUUCUUAAUUUAAUUUAAUUUUGUUUUACUUGCUUUUUAUAGUUGAUCAUCAAGGUUCUUGGAAACGAGACUGGACAUUAUUUAUUAUUGUAACAACUCAGUUAUGGGAAUAAAAGACAUGGAAUGUCCUUGUUUUUUUGUA